GCUGCGACCGUCAGUUUUCGCUGAGGAGAAGCCCGACACGGACCCGUUGGCUCUCCCCUCUUCCCCCACCUUCUCCCCGCCCUGAACCUCUCUCUCUCUCUCUUUCUCGCUCUCUCUCGGCUCGUCGGGACUUAGUCCCUGUGGAGUUGCCCUCCAUCCACGCCGCCGUUUCGUCGGUCUUCGGCCCGGUGGAAGUCGCUGCCCUCGAGGAGGAGGAGGAGGAGGAGGAGGAGGAGGAGGCAGCGGCAGCCGCCCUCGCCUCGCCACCCCCGGUUCGGUGCCCGCGGUCCCGGAGAGGAGGUGCCGCCGCCACCGCCGCUCCCCCCCUCCCGCCGCCCUCGGGCCGGGCUGGGUCGAGCUGCGAUGCCCUCGGACUUCAUCUCUUUGCUCAGCGCGGACCUAGACCUGGAGUCGCCCAAGUCCCUGUACUCGCGAGAUUCUCUGAAGUUACACCCAUCACAGAAUUUUCAUAGAGCUGGACUAUUGGAAGAAUCUGUCUAUGAUCUUCUCCCAAAGGAGUUACAGUUACCUCCAUCUAGAGAAACAUCUGUAGCAUCAAUGAGUCAGACAAGUGGUGGUGAGGCAGGCUCGCCUCCUCCAGCUGUAGUUGCUGCUGAUGCUUCUUCAGCUCCCUCCUCUUCCUCCAUGGGCGGUGCUUGCAGCUCCUUUACCACCUCUUCCAGCCCUACCAUUUAUUCUACCUCAGUCACCGACAGCAAGGCUAUGCAAGUGGAGAGCUGCUCCUCAGCCGUGGGGGUAAGUAACAGAGGGGUAAGUGAAAAGCAGUUAACCAGUAACACAGUUCAGCAGCAUCCAUCAACCCCGAAGAGGCACACAGUUUUGUACAUCUCACCACCACCCGAGGACUUGCUGGAUAACAGUCGGAUGUCCUGCCAGGAUGAGGGGUGUGGAUUGGAAUCUGAGCAGAGCUGCAGUAUGUGGAUGGAGGAUUCCCCCUCCAACUUCAGUAACAUGAGCACCAGUUCCUACAAUGAUAACACAGAGGUACCUCGUAAAUCACGAAAACGAAAUCCAAAGCAGAGGCCUGGGGUCAAACGACGAGAUUGUGAAGAAUCUAAUAUGGAUAUAUUUGAUGCCGACAGUGCCAAAGCACCUCACUAUGUGCUUUCUCAGCUUACUACGGACAACAAAGGCAACUCAAAAGCUGGAAAUGGAACAUUGGACAACCAAAAAGGAACUGGAGUAAAGAAGAGCCCUAUGUUGUGUGGACAGUAUCCUGUUAAAAGUGAGGGAAAAGAGCUGAAGAUAGUUGUACAGCCUGAGACCCAACACCGAGCUCGUUAUCUGACUGAGGGCAGCCGAGGCUCAGUGAAAGAUAGAACACAGCAAGGCUUUCCUACAGUAAAGCUGGAAGGCCAUAAUGAACCAGUAGUGUUGCAGGUGUUUGUGGGCAACGAUUCUGGCCGAGUGAAACCACAUGGAUUUUAUCAAGCCUGUAGGGUAACUGGACGAAAUACAACUCCCUGCAAAGAAGUAGACAUUGAGGGUACCACUGUGAUAGAAGUUGGCCUUGACCCUAGCAACAAUAUGACACUGGCGGUGGACUGUGUAGGGAUAUUGAAGUUGAGGAAUGCUGAUGUUGAAGCCAGAAUAGGAAUUGCUGGUUCCAAGAAAAAAAGCACUCGUGCCAGAUUGGUUUUUCGAGUUAAUAUCACAAGAAAAGAUGGCUCCACUUUGACAUUGCAAACACCUUCUUCUCCAAUUUUGUGUACUCAGCCAGCUGGAGUGCCAGAGAUCUUAAAGAAAAGCUUGCAUAGCUGUUCAGUGAAAGGAGAGGAAGAAGUGUUUUUAAUUGGCAAGAACUUUCUAAAAGGAACCAAAGUUAUUUUCCAAGAAAAUGUUUCUGAUGAAAACUCUUGGAAAUCAGAAGCUGAAAUCGACAUGGAAUUAUUUCAUCAGAAUCAUCUUAUUGUGAAAGUUCCCCCAUAUCAUGACCAACAUAUAACUUUACCUGUAUCUGUGGGAAUAUAUGUGGUGACCAACGCUGGAAGAUCUCAUGAUGUUCAGCCAUUCACUUACACUCCAGACCCAGCAGCAGCUGGUGCUUUGAAUAUAAAAGUGAAGAAGGAAAUAUCUAGUCCAGCAAGACCUUGUUCUUUUGAAGAGGCCAUGAAAGCAAUGAAAACUACUGGAUGUAACUUAGAUAAGGUAAAUAUUCUUCCUAAUGCUCUGAUCACUCCACUCAUAUCAAGCAGUAUGAUUAAGACUGAAGAUGUUACUCCAAUGGAAGUAACAGCAGAAAAAAGAUCUUCCCCUAUUUUUAAGACUACGAAGUCAGUUGGAUCAACUCAGCAAAAUUUAGAGAAUAUUUCUAACAUAGCAGGAACUGGAUCCUUUCCAUCACCAUCGUCUUCCCACUUACCAUCAGAGAAUGAAAAGCAACAGCAGCUUCAGCCCAAGGCAUACAACCCAGAGACCCUGACAACAAUCCAAACACAAGACAUCUCACAGCCUGGGACCUUCCCAGCUUCUGCCUCUAGUCAGCUGCCCAGCAGUGAUACACUACUACAGCAGGCUACACAGUUUCAGACAAGAGAAGCUCAAUCUAGAGAAGUAUUGCAGUCAGAUGGCACAGUGGUUAACUUGUCACAGCUGAAUGAGGCAUCACAACAGCAGCAGUCCCCACUGCAAGACCAAGCUCAGACUUUACAGCAGCAGAUAUCAUCAAAUAUUUUCCCAUCACCAAAUAGUGUGAGUCAGCUCCAGAACACUAUUCAGCAGUUGCAAGCAGGAAGUUUUACAGGCAGUAAUGCUGGUGGCAGCAGUGGAAGUGUUGAUUUGGUCCAGCAAGUUUUAGAGGCCCAACAACAGUUAUCUUCAGUUUUAUUUUCUGCUCCAGAUGGUAAUGAGAAUGUUCAAGAACAACUUAGUGCAGACAUUUUUCAACAAGUCAGUCAAAUUCAAAAUAGUGUAAGCCCAGGAAUGUUUUCUUCAACAGAGCCAGCAGUUCACACCAGACCAGAUAAUUUAAUGCCUGGAAGAGCUGAAAGUGUUCGUCCACAGGCUGAAAAUGCGUUGUCUAAUCCACAACAGCAGCAGCAGCAACAGGUGAUGGAAUCAUCAGCCGCAAUGGUGAUGGAGAUGCAACAGAGUAUUUGCCAGGCUGCUGCCCAGAUUCAGUCAGAGUUAUUCCCUUCAACUGCUUCAGCAAACGGAAGCCUUCAACAAUCUCCAGUUUACCAACAGCCUUCUCACAUGAUGAGUGCACUAUCUACCAAUGAGGAUAUGCAAAUGCAGUGUGAAUUGUUUUCUUCUCCUCCUGCAGUUUCUGGGAAUGAAACUUCUACAACCACCACACAACAGGUUGCUACCCCAGGCACUACCAUAUUUCAGACAUCAAGUUCAGGAGAUGGAGAAGAAACUGGAUCACAAGCAAAACAGAUUCAGAAUAGUGUCUUUCAGACAAUGGUCCAAAUGCAACAUAGUGGGGACAGUCAAUCUCAAGUUAACCUUUUUACAUCCACAAAAAGCAUGAUGAGUGUUCAAAAUAGUGGUACCCAGCAGCAAGGUAAUGGUUUAUUCCAGCAAGGGAGUGAGAUGAUGUCACUUCAAUCUGGGAAUUUUUUGCAGCAGUCUUCUCAUUCACAAGCUCAACUUUUCCAUCCUCAGAAUCCUAUUGCUGAUGCCCAGAACCUUCCCCAGGAAACUCAAGGCUCUAUUUUUCAUAGUCCAAAUCCUAUUGUCCAUGGUCAGACUUCUACAGCAUCCUCUGAACAAAUGCAGCCUCCGAUGUUUCACUCUCAGAAUACUAUCACUGUGUUACAGGGCUCUUCAGUUCCACAGGACCAGCAGUCACCCAACAUAUUUCUUUCCCAGAGCCCUAUGAAUAAUCUUCAGACUAACACAGUAGCCCAAGAAGAACAGAUUUCAUUUUUUGCGGCACAGAACUCAAUUUCUCCACUUCAGUCAACAUCAAAUUCUGAACAGCAAGCUGCUUUCCAACAGCAGGCUCCAAUCUCACACAUCCAGACGCCUAUGCUUUCCCAAGACCAGGCACAACCAUCUCAGCAAGGUUUAUUUCAGCCCCAGGUGUCCCUAGGCUCCCUUCCACCUAAUCCAAUGCCUCAGAAUCAACAAGGAACAAUUUUCCAGUCACAGCACUCCAUAGUUGCUUUGCAGAGUAACUCUCCAUCCCAGGAGCAGCAGCAGCAACAACAGCAGCAGCAACAGCAACAACAACAGAGUAUUUUAUUCAGUAAUCAGAAUACCAUGGCUUCAAUGGCAUCUCAGAAGCAACCACCACCAAACAUGAUAUUCAGCCCAAACCAGAAUCCAAUGGCUAGCCAGGAGCAACAGAACCAGUCCAUGUUUCACCAACAAAGUAAUAUGGCUCCAAUGACUCAAGAUCAGCAACCCAUGCAGUUUCAGAAUCAGCCCACAGUUUCAUCACUUCAGAACCCAGGUCCUACUCAGUCUGAGUCAUCACAGACUUCCUUAUUCCAUAGCUCUCCUCAGAUUCAGUUGGUUCAAGGGUCACCUAGUUCUCAAGAUCAGCAAGUGACACUCUUCCUCUCUCCAGCAUCCAUGUCUGCAUUACAGACCAGUAUAAACCAACCAGACAUGCAACAGUCUCCUCUUUAUUCUCCUCAGAACAACAUGCCUGGGAUCCAAGGAGCCACCUCUUCACCCCAGUCUCAGGCUACUUUAUUUCACAGCACUGCAGGAGGCACAAUGAACCAGCUACAGAAUUCUCCUGGCUCAUCUCAGCAGACUUCAGGAAUGUUCUUAUUUGGCAUUCAGAAUAACUGUAGCCAGCUUUUAACCUCUGGACCAGCUACGUUGCCAGAUCAGUUAAUGGCCAUAAGUCAGCCAGGCCAACCACAAAAUGAGGGACAGUCACCUGUGACAACACUUCUUUCUCAGCAGAUGCCAGAGAAUUCUCCUCUGUCAUCCUCUAUAAACACUAACCAGAAUAUUGAAAAGAUUGAUCUGCUUGUUUCAUUGCAAAACCAAGGAAACAACUUGACUGGCUCCUUUUAACUGGAUAUUUCCUGAAGAAAAUCAUGAUUCCAAGAUGUCCUGAGAUCUUAAUGGUUCCUUGAAGAUUACUAAAGCAAAAUAUAAAAAACUGUAUUUGAAUAAAUGGAUAAAUUUUACUCUGAUUGCAAAAGAGCACACUGUGCUGCCUAUUGCAGUGACUAGCCACCAAUGUUAACAAAUUCAGUUUAUAUUUCUAAUAACAAUUAUGACUGAGAAUCUUUAGAGUUUCCAGCUGACGGAAAUAAGUGUUGCUAUUUCCUUAGGCACAGUUUCUUUAAAAGUACGCGUCAAAUUAAAGGCUAGAUCACUCAGUUAUUAUUGCUGUUAGAAAAUACUAUCUGACAUGUUUACUUUUGUUGUUCAUUGUUCUCUCUCCUGCAUUAUUUUUGUCAAGUAGUGGCUUGUGAAAAAGUGAGGCUCAAUAAUAACUAAAGCUGUGAUUUUUUUUUUCAAUAUAAAGAACACAGCUGUUGGCCAAAGUGAAGGAAUCUUUUUUUUCUUUUCAGUUUUUAUAAAGAAACUGAAGUGGUAACUUUCUGACAAAUAAGCUGUAUUAAACACAAAGGCAGAUAACAUACAAAACUGGGGACAGCUGGAAUGUUACUGAUUUUUAUUUUUCAGAGGAUUAUUCUCUGUGUUUCUACUAAGGGGUAUAGCCAUAAAUGUAUAGAAAAAUCAUUAUUUUGCUCUGAAAAAUGAAGGGGGUAAUAUAUGGUAAAUUAUGUUCUGAUAUCCUCCUACAGUAGUUUAAACUGACAGUAAUUUGCGUUUAAUUUCUUCUUUACUCAGUUUUAGGCUGGUAUCCCUUUUCUAUUCAUCUGUAUUAUUUUCUACCUACUUUUCACUUCAUUGUAGAGAACUAUUAAUAUACUAAUGGCUUUGUGACUCUGUAGCAUCUUAAAGAAAAAGGCCACUUCAAGGUGACCUAGAAAUCCUGCAGCACAGUUCUUUUAGGAAAUAUUGAGAGUUGCUUUUUGAGAAAAAAAAAUAUUUUUUUCCAUGAACGGUGCUGUUCUGAAGUUAUCAAAAUUCUCCCUCUAUAGAACACAGUAUAAA